CUCAUUGAAACAAUAUUUCUAGGCGCAUAAGAGAAUACAGACUAUUGAUAUGGGGCUUGGUGACACUUAUAGCAUCAUUGCUACCCACCAUAAUGUCCAUUGUUGUCUUAUGUUAAAUGGUGGUAGCUGGGAUGCAACGCUGUAAAUACGAUCCAGCCUAUCACAUAGAAAUAAUGAUCAUUCCCACGAUCUCAUAUUCAACAGUAUUCGGCCGUCGAUCAUACUUCUUUGAGUUUAUAGGGAACCCGAUUAGAUUAAGGAGAAAUAAGCUGACCUUGAGUGGGAAUAGCUGAUGCCCAUCAUUGACCACAUUUCAAGCGUGGCUGGCCUCAUCUUCAGCCCACUGCCCACUUAAUAUGUACCGAUGUAUGAGCAUAGCCCUCUCCUAAUUACCUAACGUUCACCAUUAUUGAUGGCGAUCUUGGUGGAAUAAUGAAAUUAAGCCUAACCAAUCUAUCAUAUAAGGGUACCUAGGUACCCAGUUCUCAUGAAGUGCAGUUCCUAAGAUUUUCGCGUGAGAGUAGAUUCUGCCUGGGUGAACCAUUAUGGCCGGUCAAGUUAUUGCUUCGCUCGUUCUGGCAUUUGCCGCUACCUCAACGUUGGCAGCAAAUACGCCUGUACCAUUCUAUGGUCAAUCCGCAUCUGGAAAAGCUUCUCCUCCGAGAGGGUGGAAUUCUUUCGUCGCGCAAUCUAACGGUGCCAAACUUACUGUAGAUCUUCUCGAUGAACAAUGCAGCUUCUUCUACAAUAAGACCGAGUCGGGUUUCAAUUAUGUUUGCGGCUUCGAUUCUGGUUGGUCGGCGGGUUCCAACGGUGAUGAAUUUGGUCGCAUUAUUCCCGAUGACAAUGUGUUCAGCACUAUGAACAUACAAGACUUCGCGGCCAAGUUGCACAGCAACGGAAUGAAACUCGGCGUCUAUAUGAUCCCCGGUGCCUUUACUAGCGAUGCGAAGAAACUGGUGAAGGGAACCAACAUAGCCAUCGGAUCGCUCUUCAACACUACCGAAGACCCUCGGGACGCUAUAAGUAACUCCUACAAUGCUCGUAAUGAUUUCGAUUACACCAAAACCGGCGUCCAAGAAUGGCAUGAUUCAGUAGUGGAGCUCUUUCAUUCGUGGGGAGUUGAUUUCGUUAAACUAGACUAUGUGACCCCCGGCAGCGAUUACCUGAGCGGUAACAAAGACAACGUUAGACCGGCGAAUGAUAGCGGUGCUGUAGCAUGCAUGCACAAUGCCAUCAUGAAGUAUGCCCCGGAUAUGCAACUCGACAUUUCCUGGAAGUUGGAGAGGGAGGAGCCGUUCUGGGAUUUAUGGCAACAUAACGCCGAUACGAUACGAGUCGAUAGAGACAUCAAUUACGGAAAAAAUGCCGUGACGUGGGGCCCUACACAGAGGACAAUAGAACAAUACCGCGUUUUCAUCAACCAGCAAGUACUGGACUCGAGGCGGCAGAACAAGCCGAUCAUGAUCCGCCCGGACAUGGACAACUUGUUAGUCGCAACACCAUCAUCAAGUUCCUCUUGGUCGGGUUAUAGUACCAUCGAACGAUAUGCGCAAACUAUUCUUUGGAUUGGCGCAGGAGCUAACUUGAUCAGCGGCUGCGACAUGACUAAAGUCGAUGACCUUGGUAAGAAAUUGCUCACCGACUCCGAAGUCCUAGGAGUGGCUGCAUUUACAUCGAAUUAUCCUAUGGUGCCGAAGAAUCCUUCCAGCGCACAGGAACCCGGAGGACCUAAUGCUUCUCAGCUUCAGGCAUGGAUUGCUGGGCCUAACGAUGCUGGCACCGCGAUCGUGGUCCUGUCAAAUCUCGGCCCCGAUCAGUGCUGGGACAACGAAUGCUCCUACAACACUAAAACCACUGGCGACCAGUUGGUGAACGUGACUCUUAAUGACUUGGGCAUUGGCGGAGAGAAAUGGUUCGUCCGUCGCGUCCUUGGAGGCGGCGGAAGAGGCGGAGAGGACGGUUCGGAUAUCGGUGUAGCGGACGAAGAAAUAGCAAGUUGGUUAAGCGAACACGAAAGCGUUCUCUACAAAUUGCAAAAAUGUGGAAGUGAGGGGGCUUCGUGCUGACACGAGAUUGCCACUAUGUUAAUUAAUUACUGCAAUUACUAAACCAGUAACGCGCCGGUAUUGUUACAUUAGGGUAUUACAAUGACAAACAGCGGAUGGAUUAUGCA